CUAUUUCUUCACUUGGAGAAGGGUGGCGCUGUUUAUGAAGGGAGACUUCUCGUUGGCAGUGCGCACAUCUCGCGAUAAGAAGCAGGACUAUUCAAACCGUGGCGGUUUGUUUUUGGACUGAUCUUUCCCAAGAUGUGUGACCGAGGAGCUGAAGAGGAGAUCCAGCGGCUCAAGAGCCAGCUAAGGGAGACUGAAGAGCAGGUGCAGAAGGCUGCUCAGGCUGGUUUAGACCUCCUCAGUCAGCAGAUGGAGCUACAGAAUCGACUGGAUGAACAGAGAGUAGAGAUGACCAAUGCACUUGAGGUCCUUGAACAAGAAAAGUACUCACUGCAGAAGGAAGUUGAGCUGAAGUCCAGAAUGCUUGAAUCACUACAGUUUGAGUUUGAGGGGGUGAAAAAUCAACAGAGACAGCAGCUUCAAGAGCAGGAAGAGCUUUUGGAGAGAAACCACAAUUUUGCCCUCACUGAGCUCAACAAUAAGGUACAUAGGACACAGUCUGCUUUAGAGGAAUCACAGUUGAAUGAGAGGCAACUCAAACACAAGCUGGAGGUGCUAAGUGAGACAUUGAAUAACAAACUGGAGGAGCUGCGAGCUGUGAAUGAGCAGGCUCAAACCUCCAUGAGCUCAGAGAUGAUGGAGGUGCAGAUGAAGAUCAUGGACUUGGAGAACAAGAAGGUGGAGCUGGAGCAAGUUCUGCAGGAGGCACAUUACAGAGAACAACAACUAGAACUCAGCAAUGUGAAUUUACAGCGACAAUUAGAACGAAUAACUGAAGAGAAGGAGGAACGAGAGAGAGAAGCAGUCUCCUGGUUUAACACUCUGGAAAAAUCACGAGAGGCCAACCGAGACCUACAAGUGCAACUGGAUCAGCUCCUACAACAAGCCCAGGAUCCAAACAGCAAAGGCAACUCUCUAUUUGCAGAGCUUGAGGAUAAGCGUGCAGAGAUGGAGAAGCAGCUCAUCAGUAUGAAGGUCCAGUAUCAGUCAUUGCAGAAACAGUAUGCCUUCAGCAAACAGCAGAUGCAACAACUCAAGGUUCAAAUAGCCACACUAAUGCAACUACAAGGUUCUCGAGCUGAUCCAGCCCAACUGGAACGACUACAGUCCAUGAUCUUGGAGAAGAAUGAGGAGAUCCAAAACCUAAUGGCCAAACUCCGGCACCUCGAGAAAGUGGAGAUGAUGGUGAAGGCUCAGUCACCAAGCUCAACUCCAGGAGAAAAUGUUGAUGGUCAAGAUGAAACUUACUACACUGACCUGCUCAAGAUGAAGCUCAACAACUCCAUUAAAGAUGCAGAGCGUUUGGGAGACGAGCUUUCUCUUCAGAGGAUGAAGUCUUUGUCUGAGAGCCAGCGAGCCCUUGAGCUGGAGAGGAAACUGUUCACAGCUGAACGGAUGCUGAAACAGGCUCAGAGUGACAAGAUCAAGCUGCAGAUGCGCGUGGAAGAGCUCCAACACAAAUAUGAACCUAAAGAAGCAAAAAACAAUCUUCUCCAAAAAAGGAAGAAAGAGAAGCUUUCAGUGGAUGUUGUGCCUUCCUGUGAGAAGCUUGAGGAGAGCGUGCAACCAGUUCAAAAGGGGAUGGAUGUGGUUAAAACCUCAGAAGCAAAGACUGAAUCUCCUCCAGCUGCCAAAGAAAUAAACAUUAAACAAGUUUUAGAUCCUGAUGUAGAGGAACGACCAACAAAAAAUGUGAAGAUCAGUGCAGAAGAACCUGUUGUUAUCCCCAAUCCCAGUUCCUGUUUGACUGACUGUAAUGUGAAGACAGAGGACCAUCGCCAUCAGUACAGUAAAGAGGAGAGGCGAAAAAAGCAGAAAUCUGUGGAGGUGAUCCAUGUUAAGUCUAGCAACAGCAUGGAAAACCAAUGUGCCCAGCAAUAGCGUUCUUUGUAUGCUGUUUUUUGUUUAUGAUGAAAAAAUAUUUUAUUGUACAAAUAAAACAUACAUCUGGG